GUUUGAUUGUGACAAUAGAAACAUUUUUGCUACCGGGAAAUACUGAUAAUAUUUACUAGACGUAACUGAAUUUAAGAUUUGAUUGAUCAAUUUACAAGAAAAAAUAUUGAUUUUGAUCAAUAUAACCUGUUUUUAUUUACUAUGCCUCUUUCGGCAUAUUCAUUUCUUUAAUUCAAAAGAUAAAUUCUAUUGUGAAAUCAGGAUAUGAAAUGAUAUUUGAAAAGGUUUAAAAGCAGUGUUUCAAACAUUUAAAUGGAUUUACAUGACUGAAUCAUAGGCUGUUGUUAGGUUUUUGUUUGUGAUGAACUUUAAAAAACUGUCAUAUGUACAGGGGUACUUUUUAGGAAUAGUGAGACCUUGUACCUCUGUGUUGAAUUUGCAUUUUUUCUUGGAUUGAUCAUCAUUCUGUAAUCUGCAUCUUUUUUUAAUAAACAAUGCAGAGGGGCCAUGUGUUUUUACCACUUCAAAAAAGGAUAAUCUCAUAUGAUCUGAUAUGCAUCUGCAUUCUGUUUUAUAGCUUUGGAAUUAUAUAAACCCAUUAGGAACUAAUUAUAAUUAUUGGGAGACAACAUACAAAGGAAAUAUAACAGGAAAUUAUGAAUGGCAAAUGGUUAUUGCUGAAUAUAAAUAUCUAAGCUUUCAUUGUGUUUGUUCAGUGCAACAGUUGGUUGAUUUUCAUAUAAAAUGUCGAAAAUAAUUAAAUUCGGAAAUAGCUAUCUUGACCACUGUUAUUAGGAUGGAUUUGGUGAACUGGAAAGUUUGUUUUAAUUUAUAACUUACUGAAAUUUUGACAAAGAAAGACUUUAUUGAAUUUAUGCAUUUCUGCUUGAAUGGCUUCUAAAAAUUUGACAACUUUCUUACAAUUUUUGUUCAAAUAUUUCUACAGAAGACAAUGUAAACAGAUUUUGUUAUCAGCAGAAGACAAAUUGAUUAAGUUAAUCAUAGUCACCAGGAUGUUUGAUAAAUUGAAAGGUGCAGUUUGUUUAAUUUGUUAGAUUUAAAGUGCAGUUUUAAAGACUUGAGUUUUAAACUAAAAUACAUGCUUUUUGGAUUAAGAUUUUAAAUGAAACAGAACAGUUUUCCACCUAAUUGUACAUGGAUUAAAUUAUAAGAGUUAAAAAAAAGAAGAAUGAAUCCAACAGAACAAGUGAUUUGGAGACACCAUAAUAACAAGGCUCGUAGACCAAGAGAUCCCCACAGAAGGGCUACGGUGGUGACCUAUAACCCAGCCAAUGUGAGAGAUUAUGAAGAUUUCGAGACUAUGUCCAAUGUGGAAGGACCUGUCAGUUUUCAGAGAGGGAGUUUCAUGAGGAAUAGUUUACCUAUUGUCCGAUCUCCACCUAACACUUAUGAUAGAGCUAUGGGUAUGGUUUUCUUGGUGUAUCAAGAUGAAACAAAGAAAUCUGAUCUUCCUAAUGAAAUCACACACUUGGAUACAGUCAGAGCUUUGUUUGUAAGAUCCUUCCAAGAGAAACUCAAUAUGGAGUAUUUGUCAUCUCCAAAGAGAAAAAUCUAUAUCCUAGACCCAAGGACCAGUAUUUACUAUCAGCUGGAAGAUUUGAGAGAUAUUAAGGAUAGAACAGUGUUGAAGUUACUGGAGAGUGAUAGUGAUAAUCCCCAGAAAGUAAGGGAACUACCUCCAGAGAAACGAGGGAAAAGAUCUGACCAGGGGAUAUAUGAAACACCAGCAACAGCAAUAACAGAUCAAGUAAGAAAAGCCCAGACCUUGCCUGCUUCCAUGUCACAUUCCUACCCUGUUUACAGGGAUCCUAUUUAUGCCAGUGAUUAUGAUCUCUAUAGAUCUCCUACUCCAGAUUUGACCAGAAGUGCCCCAUCACAUCAUCAACCAGUCAACUAUGCACACAAUGCAUUGUAUGAUUCACCAGACCGUAUCCGUGGCGACCGAAGCACUCCUGAUAGACACAACUUAGGACCAAUCCCAGAAAAUAUACAGAUGCAGAAUGGUUAUGUACCGGUACCACAAUCUUACCAAGACCAUGAUGGACGAGGCAGACCAACAUAUCGUCAGCAGGGUCCACAAAGAGGUCCAGAACAGCAUUAUAGGUCAGUGUCUCCACCAGUACAAAGAAGCCAGCUACCUCCUGGUGAUCCAUUGAGGAGAACCUUGUCACCUACACCAGCAACUGGUAUGCAGAUCUAUGACUACCUCCAUGGACCAGGCGGAGCAGGUGCCCCUGGUGCUCCACCCCAGACUUACAUUGCCAAAGGUGUCAGGGCGAAUACGAUGGUCUCCCCUUUAAGAGCUUCAGGUCCACCUCCUGAUACAAGACAUCAGCAAAAUCGUCACUCCUUAGCAUUCACACCAAUGUCACCAAGAUCAGCUGAUCCAACCGUCCAGAGAUCUCAGAGCUACAGGGUUACUCCAGAGAGAGAACAAGUACCUAUGGUUCCUCCUCCUCCUCGCAGUAUUACACCCUCACCUACAACUGACCCGGAAACCAGAGUACGCAUGGAAAAAAUGGAAGUGCAACUUGCAAAUUUAACAGCCUGGGUGCAGACAGCAGUUGUAACAGGAUCAAGUAGGGAAAGUAGUAUAAGAAGUGGGGCUAGUACAACACCAUCAGAUUUAGGAGACUCUAAACCCCCAAGUGUUGUAGGAAAAGAUGACGGAGACAAAGUCAAUGGUGAUAAAGGUUUUUCAGACAUAUCAUCCCAGUCAUCUCACCAUACCAUUGUUACACAGAGUAUUAAAGAUGGCAUCCUAAAUGUUGCCAGGCAAACAUCAGAUUUGAAAGUAGAUUUAAAACAUUUGCGAAGAAUUCAGCAGCUUAAUAAUGAGUCAAUGACUGAUUCUAUACAAGAAACUAUCAAAAAGAUUUCAAAGGUGCUAACAACAGUUCCUGGAGCUGAACACCAGGUACUUCGUCAACAACGAUCAGAUAUAGACACACAAUGUAAACAUUACAAAGAUGAUGGCAGUAAAGUGUUAAGAGAAUUGGGAGAUUUAGAAUCAUCAGUAGAAGAAAUGAGAGAGGAUGUGAUAUCUAGGCAAUGUCGAGUUAAUCUGGCUGAUGUGGAAGGAAUGGCUCUUGUUCUUAGUCAUGUGACCAAACAUCUUGGAGAACUUAGAUGUCGUUUCCCAGGAUUACAGGAUCAUAUGAAGAAAGUAAUGAGUGGUGAAAUGGAAGUGGUCAUCAAUGAAGAAAAAUUUCUUAAAGAUGAACCAGAUAGAAUUGAAGAAGCUUUAAAGAGAUGUAAAAGGUUAACUGGUACACUUUUUACUUUGAAAAGGUUAGCAUCAGCUCAGGAACAACGUCCAUUACAUGUACCAAGUGGUGACAGGGUAGGAGGAAGGAUAGCUACACAUGUAGAUAGAAAAGAAUUAUUAGACAAUAUACAGGCUGUUGUUCCUGAUCAUCAAUCACGACUUCAAAGUAUAAAGAAUCAAGCUGCUGCAGAUGCUUCCAGAGAAAGAAAAAAGAAGAUUAUUACCCAGCAGGAAGCAUUGAAAUUUGGAAAAUCAUUAGAGAAAGCUUCAAAGGCAUUAAAAUCUGCUGCUGAGAAAGAAUAUGCUACUAAGCCAAAAUCUAAAGUUGAUACAGGUUGUGCUAGUAAAGGACAAUGUGAAAUUCAGGACUCUAAACCAGACCCAUCAUGUGUCAUCAAACCUCAAUCUACCUCAGAACCUCCAUUAACAACGAAAUUCUCUGUUCCACUGACUACUUCUACAACAGAAAAAAUAGUUCUGUCUAGUUCAGCUAAAGGAAGUGAUGGAGCUACUCAGCGAAAACAAAUUGAUGAAAAAAUAGUGAGAACUACAAGUGAUACAAAGGUACCACCUUCUUCAUUGUCUUCUUCUGAAGAAGAAAAUAUCAAAAGGUCGGCUGCCAAAUUGUCCAUUCAGAAAAAUGCAGCACGAGCAGCUUUCUUUAGUUCUCUUACAACACCCCCUACUUCACCAUCAGAAGAAAAAAAGGCUGUAUCUCCUGAUUCAAGAGUCUCACCAACUCGAACGACAAUGGACUACACUGUUCGUAUUUCGCCAUGUCGGUCAACUGUUUCAGGAGCUACUAAGUAUAUUGUUAAGGAUAGUACUAACAUCAAAAGUAGUUCAUCAGCAACGCGUCCUACAGCAAAAGUUUCAUUUUCAUCACCAUCGUCAUCAUCAUCAUCGAGUGAUUCUAGUCCUUCACCAAACUCGCCUAUUUUAGCAAGUGCUAGAGUUUCAAAUAUUCCUAGGCUUUCCGCUAGGCCAGAAACUGAAUCUCGAGAAAAAUUUACAUAUCAAAAAGAGGCAACUGUGCAAAAACCUUCAAUUUUGAAAAGUUCUGGUACAAGAAUUGACCAAAACAAAUCGAAGGAGGUCACAUUGACAGGAAUUGAUAAAGACAAAUCUUUUGAAGAUAAACCGGCAGAAAAUUCAAGAUCAAGUGAAUUACUUCUUAAAUUCAGUGAUCAAGAAAAAUCUAAGGAAAUUUCUCACUCAAAUGUACAAACUGUGCCAAGAUCUCAGUCAGAAACAGUAUCAAGUCCAUCAAAUAAACCUGAUGUUCGACCAAAGAAAAUCCCUCCUCCACCUCCACCAAGACGGAGUAGUAAACUUGUUAGGAGUGGCCCUGGACUUAUGUCUCCUGUUGGUCAGGAUGAAAGUAAAUCUGACAUUCAUGAUUCCAGCAUCGUAGCUGGAAAUAACGAUGGUACAGUGAAAUCUGCAACUACUUGUACUUCUACACCAAAACCUGCUAUUCCUCAGAAACCUUCUAGAAUUACUCGAGAUAGACUCUUAACUGAUCAGUCUAAACAGGCAAUAGAAAAAAGUACAAAUUUAAAUGGUGCAGCCAUUAAACCUAAAUCAUCAGUUGAUGUGAAAAAAGAUUCAGAUGAGUUUGGACAUGAAGAUCCUGAAGGCAGCAUAGAUAGCAGUGCUAGUUCUAGUAGUAGUGAAUCACAACAAAGUGUUGUAGAAAAAGACAGAUCUACAACUACAACACCAAAUGGGGGACCCUCAACGAGGAAACCUAAACCCCCACCACCUGUUAGAAAAUCUAGUCUAGCUGACAGUUAUGAAGAAAAAUCAGACAGUGGUAAAACUGAUGAUGUAAAUAAAAGUUGAUGAUUGUAAUUAGUAUUACCUUAAAAAUCAGGGCUUUGUUGAAAAUGUUUGUUCAUAUAUAUAAAGGCUUAAAACAGAGUGUCAGCAUUGCUGUGUCAUAUUAUUUUCUUUUAAUACUCUAGCAGAAUAUUUUUUUUUAAAUUGCCAUGUGUUGCUUUCACGUAAGUUUUUGUUGUUGAUGAAAAUGGUUCAGACCCAGUUAGAAUUCAGACUUUUCCCAUUACUUUUAAUCAGACUAAAUUCAUUCAAAUAUACAACACAUUCAAAAGCUUAAAACAGAGUAGCUUUGCUUUAAUUUAUCUUUUUUUUGUUGCAAUUUUCGUUUCAAGUUUGGUGAAAAAUGUUUGUAGAUAUAAGUGAAGAAUUAACUUCCGGAAUUAAUACAUGUCUUCACACAAAAACCCUCAUAUCUUUGUAUCAAAAUAAUGAUUCAGAUAUAUACAGUUUUGGUUAUUAAACUUUUAAUUUUCCUGCCAAAAAAAUCCUGUAUCUGCAUUUUUGCAAGGAUUUGGGUAAUCAAUACAAUUACAUGUCAGCCAAAUCAAUAUUCUGAGCUAAUAUUCAAAUUCAUAAAUCUUUAUAUCAAUAAAUUAUUGUUUGAUGUUUGUGUUGACAGCCAAAAAAGAGAAUUUUAAAAUAAACUGUUUUCAAGAUGAACAUAUGCAAGGGCAUUCCUUUUCAGCUACUGUUUUUGUCAUGCUGCCUUAGCUAUAGCUAUACACGAACAUCUAUCAUUUUCAUAGAUAUAUAACAGAUAUCAUGCAUUGAGAUAUCAAAAGUUCAUAUGCUGUGCAUUUAUUUCAUAUUUUAACAUUUCACACUUCAAUUAAAGGUAUUAAUGUUUUUACUUUUGAUACAUGUUAUGUUUAUUAAAGGUGCUUUUUGUGUAACUGGCAUGUUAUAUAUUUGUAUUUUUUCUUGUUAUGAACCAGAAGGGUUGUGAACUAUUUAUUUAUACACAAAAGUUAGUGCAAUAUUGACUAUUGGGUUGUUUCCCUUGUCAUAUAUAUAUGUUAAAUGUACUUAUUAAAAAAAGGAAGAAAUAUACUUUGUUGUAGGUGAAAAUUCACUUAAUUUUUUUUCAAGUUCAUAGUUUUAUGUAUGAAAUGUAUGUCAUUGAUUGGAACAAUAAUAAUUGCUAUACAACAGUAGUAAACUAAAGCUUUGAACAUGACAUUUAUUAUAGAAUAACUUUCAGAAAAUUGAGAGUAUUAACUAUUAUUUUAACAUUGUGAACAGUUAUGCUAAUUUACUCAGUAUUCUUUGUUCCAUUACUGUUAUGCUAAAGGAAUACAUUAACAAAGAAGAAGGUACUUGUAGGGAAUUAUUUGGCCCUGUAA